AUGAUAUUCCUUUGUCGAGUGUCUUCAGCACUCAUUACCACUGAAGGGGCCACUCGCGCCAAGUCAAUAAAAACCCGUUCCUAUGCAAGUGUAGCCUCAUCCGUACCAUCUUCAACUCCCGAUCCAGUGGCUAUUGCCGUUCAUGUGAAGGCUAUUGAAGAAGAUCGCAUCAACCAAUUACGCCAGAAAUGCUUACUGAUUCAUAAUAUUCCUGAGCAAAAUUCUGAUACUGCUACUGAAAAAUUCGAUUCAACUAUUGCAAAUGACUUAGCAAUUUCUGCAAGUAUCAAACGAAAUUCUGUGAAGGUUUUUCGCAUUGGCCGUAAAAUAUCGGAUCGACCGAGACCAUUGAAAAUCGAGGCAGACUCUCUAGAAACGUCCAAAGCUCUCGUGCGAUAUUUCAGAAAGUUUCGCAACACUCGAGAAGACCUGAAAAACUGCAAGGCUCGUCUGGAUUAUUCGGAGCCAAUUCUGGAAAUGUAUCGAAAUCUAUGGAAAACAGUGCUGGAGCGAAACGCGAAAGAAGGUGUGAUGAGUUGGAUUGUCGGACGAUCUAAAGCUCGUAGAGAUCAAACAAAAUCGACAGCCAUACGAAACCCGUCGCGGAACAUCCAAAGACAGUCAGAAGUAGGUUCGAAUGUGAAAUGUGCUUUAUUAAAUUGCCAAUCGAUUAGAAACAAAACUGAUUUGUUAAAAUUUUUUGCAUUUCAAAAUUACUUAAAAUGA